AUGUUCGAUCCCAGUGGGUAUUCAUACUUACCUGAACCACCUGAACCACCAACCUCCAGGGACCUGCAUGCAAACGCACUGACCGGGACGGUGCCAGCCCUGCCCACCUCUCUCCUCUCCCUCGCCCUCCAAGACAACUUCCUCGCGGGAACCUUCCCCGCAGCCUCGCUGACAAACUGUGACGCGAGCAGCAACUGCAUGGAGGAUGCGGUGGAGUGCAGCGAGGAGAGUGCUGCAGCUCAGAGGGAUGCCGAGGCGUGUGCGAUCUGCGAGUCACAGGACGCGCAGGGCUUGCUGUGCUUCGGAGGGCUGUGCCUGCCAGAUGUGGAUGGGGUCACCGUGCAUGCUGAUGACAUGGACGCUCCUGACAUGUACUGCGCUGAGUGUGAUGUAGCUAACAUACCCUCACUCCAUUUCCACCACCCUCACUCCAUCCGUCUGCCAUUCUCACUCCAUCCUGCCAACUAUCAUCCCUGCCCAUCCUCUCUCCCAAUAUCUCUGUCACUCAACCUUCUUCCUCCCACCUCUGCCCCUCCCUUUCUCUCCCCUCACCCCUCGCCCCUCACACCCCUCUCCCCAACUCGCACAGCGCAAGCACUGCUGGCAGUGAAGGGCGCGCUGGGGGUGACCUUCACAACGUGGGGGCUUGACAAGCCGUGCACCACGGCUUCUGUCGGGCCGGCCAUUGAAGGAACCCUCACCGCUGUCUCCUGUAACCCUUCCGGCAGAGUUCGCACCUUGAAACUAGGCCGUCUCAACCUAGCAGGCACUCUUCCUCGUGCAGUCUCCGAUCUCACGGCUCUCACUUCCCUGGUCGCCUGGACGAGGUCGCCACACACCUUCGCCUUCUCACUGCCCUCCAGUCCAUGUGCGUUUCUCUCACCACCUGAGCUUUCGCCACCUGUGCUCUCACCACCUGUGCUCUCACGCUCACCACCUGUGCUCUCACCACCUGUGCUCUCACCACCUGUGCUCUCACCACCUGUGCUCUCUCCACCUAUGCUCUCACCACCUGUGCUCUCACCACCUGUGCUACCGAAACCAGAACCAUUUUUUCUCUUUAACUUGUGCCUGGGCAUGCUGUCUUCUCCAGCUCUGUCCCAACCCAUUUCCUAUCACCACCCGCUCACUUCUACUCCUCUCAAUCCCGUUCUGACCUCCGUGCUUUCACCCACCCACACCUUCCUGUUUUCACCACCCCCCACCAGCGCGCUGGGCUUCAACUACCUGACGGGCUCGCUGCCGACCAGCAUAUCGGCGCCUCUCAAGGCUCUGGACGUGCAGUUCAACUUCCUUGCCGGCUCCUUCCCCGCCCUCGGUCUCGCCUUCUGCUCCGCCCGCAUCAACUGCUUUGCUUCCACCGCCAACUGCAAGCACCCCACAAGACCCACCGAGAUCCUGCGAACUCCAGCCGCUUGCAUCAUCUGCAACACCCCGAACGCUCAGGGCAAGCUCUGCAGCAACAUCAUCGGUGGUGGGAUCUGCAGCGCCUCUCCUCCUCCUUCCCUCCUGCUCCCACCAGCCACACCCAACAGUGCUUCAUCGCCCGUGCUCCCUCUGGUCUGCACCGCUGCUACAAGUGUGCCCAUGGAUGCGGCUCAAGCCGCUGCGCUGAUGAAUGUGAAGGUGGCGCUGGGAGUGUCGUUUCCAGACUGGCGGGUCGAUGCCCUCUGCACCCUCGUGGGGUCACCAGUUUUGGCCCCCAACUCAUGGAAUGGCGUGGCCUGUGAUGAGUCCGGGAAAGUGCUCCGAGUGUCGCUCAAGGGGCUGGGCCUCACAGGGAGCAUCCACUCAGAGAUCUCCAAGCUCACCACCCUCACCGUGCUUGACCUGCAGUCCAACCUGCUGGAAGGCAAGAUGGACGCCUUCACUGCCAACAUCAAGGCGCCUCUUGUGCUCAAGGAGCUCUACCUGCAGUACAACUACCUCUAUGGCGUCUUCCCCUCGGCCCUCCUCGCCCUCAAAACCCUCUCAACACUCUCCGUGGCCUUCAACUACCUCACCGGCUCACUCCCCACCGCACUCCCCACCACGCUCCCCUCUCUGGACGUGCAAAGCAACUUCCUGGCGGGUUCCGUGCCGGCCAACAGCAUCCCUUACUGCGCCAGCACGGGCAACUGCCUGGUGGACGCGUCCAAGUGUGCAUCACUGGGACUGCCACAGCGCAGCGCCGCUAAAUGUGCCGUCUGUGGCUCCACCAACGGCCAGGGCGCUCUGUGUGCUGCUGCCACCACCUGCCGGGUUGUUGCUGCUGGGGCUGGGGUGACGACUCCCCCCACUGCGCUUUCUGCUAGUCUCCUUCUCUUCUGCGAGGCUAUUCCCAUGGACUUGAUAACAACCCAAACGAUGCUAGCCAUCAAAGCCGCGCUGGGGGUAACGCUCACAGACUGGAUUGCCACCCUGCCCAUGCCACUCAAGCCCUCCAGUCCCGUCUCAUCCAAGUCACUUCCAGGCAAAAGCAGUGUGCCGCUGGCAGCGUCUCUUGGCACGUGCACGUUGGAGGACCAGACUCCUGGGCUAGGCGUAUGGACCGGCGUCUUUUGCAGCGCCAAGGGCGUUGUUGUGGGCAUCAACCUGAGCUCCAAUCUCUUCCAGCGUCGAAUGGAUGUCUUUCUCUCACUCGUCUCGACCCUCAAGGCUCUCGAGAACCUGCACCUGCAGUACAACUGGUUUUCCAGCUCCAUCCCCACCACUCUCGUCGCCCUGCCUGCUCUUUCCGUCCUCAAGCUGAACUGCAACUAUCUGACGGGCACAGUGCCGGCGUUCAAGGCGUCACUCAAGGCCCUCAACGUGGCCAGCAACCUGCUCUCGGGCUCCUUCCCCAUCGCCACCCUCACCGCCUGCGAUGCCCGCUCCAACUGCCUCUCCACCACCAGCAAAUGCGCCAACGCUGCUGGCACGGCGCAACGGUUAUCCUCAGAGUGCAGCGUGUGUGGGUCCACCGAUGCUUCUGGCGUUCUGUGUGGGGGAGGGCUGUGCGCCCCUGAUGCCUCCGCCCCUGCUGCCUCCUCCACCCCUAACAUGGACGGCCAGCCGCUGCUGCCACUGAGCUGCCUGGGAGUGCCCAUGGAUGCGGCCAUGGGGUUGGCGCUGCUGACUACAAAAACGACGCUGGGUGUGACGUUCACGGAUUGGAAUGUGGAUGCACCGUGUGCACUGGCAGGGCAGGCUGUGGUGUCUGGCUCGUGGUCGAGCGUUGUGUGUGACGCCACCGGCAAGGUUCUCAGCCUCGAGCUGAACAACAACCUCUUCUCAGGCCGCCUGGAUUCCUUCCUCACCCCUCUUCUUCCCGUCAAGACUCUCAAAGUCCUCCACGUCCACAACAACUACCUGUCGGGCGCCGUGCCACCAUCACUCACUGCUUUCUCCACCCUCUCUGAACUCAAGAUCCAGGGCAACUACCUGACGGGCAGCAUGCCGGCAGCGCUGCCGGCGUCCCUCAAGUACCUGGACGCAUCAGGGAACUACCUGGCGUUGCUGGGGGUUUCCUUCACGGACUGGGUGGUGAGCUCGCCGUGUGCCGUGGAGGGAGUGCCGGCACCGCCAGGCGCGUGGUCCAACGUCCUCUGCAACUCUGCCUUCAAACCCGUCUCCCUUGAUUUCAGCAGCAACCUAUUGCAGGGGCGUCUGGAUGCAUUCAUAACCAACUUCAAGCCGCUUUCCUCGCUCAAGCAAGCAAACCUCCCGAGAUCCCCUUCUAUCACUCCCAUCUCAACUCCUCUCUGCUCCCCCCCAUACCCCCUCCUCUUCCCUCCUGUCCCCGCCUGUCCCCUCCUCUCCCCUCCUCCCUUGUCCUCUCCCCUCCUCUCCUCCCACGAUGUAACUCCUCCUCACAUUGACUUGCCUUUUCACUUCCACUUCCGCCCACACAUCUCGCCCAUGGCAGCUACUUCAACUUCAACUGACAGUCUCACACCUCACUAUGUCACCCUUUCCCUCCCAUCCUCACCCCUCUCGCCCCACUUCUUCAGCGGCGCGAGUUACAACUACCUGUACGGCCCCAUGCCCAAGUUUGGCGCUGCUCUCAAGACCCUUGACCUGCAGAAAAACUGGCUCUCCGGCACAUUCCCAGGGACUGGCUUCCUCUCCUGCUCUGCCUCCUCCAACUGCCUCGCCAGCACAGGCGCAUGCAACACCACAGGCACCACGCAGCGCCCAUUGGCUUCUUGCGCCGUCUGUGACUCUCCCACUGGGGCUGAUCCCAUCUGUGCCGGCGGCACCUGUGCUCCCAACACUGCAGGGCCUCUUGCCUCCUCCACCACCCCCACCGCUGCUUCUGCCGUUCUGCCGCGCUUCUGUGUGGGUGUGCCUUUGAAUUCAGUGCAAGCCGCUUUUCUCCUCAAUGUUAAGACCGCUCUCGGGGUCACCUUCGCCGAGUGGUCUCCCAGUACACUUAUCGUAUCCCCCAAGGCCAAGACUCUUGGCAGCAAGACUGGGAAUGGUCUGAAGGCAAUGGGGCGGAGGCGCUUGGCAGAGAGUGAACCAGGCAGGGAGGAGAGGCUGCUGAAGGUGACUCCUAAGCCGCCUUCGGGGCAGGCGGGUCUGUGCACGAUUCAAGGCCAGACACCCGUUGCUGGCUCCUGGCCGGGCGUGUUCUGCAAUGCUGCCGGCAUGGUCGUGGGCCUGGACCUUCGGAAUAACCUGCUGCAAGGCACCGUGCACGCCGACAUCUCCAAGCUCACCACACUGACUGCGCUCUCCCUGUCAUCCAACCUCUUUUACCAGCGUCUCGACUCUUUUGUGGUUCCUAUCCUGCCCACGGCCUCCCUCAAGGAGUUAUCUGUGAGCUUCAACUGGUUCUACGGCUCUGUGCCAACCAAGCUCGUGGCCAUGGCCGGCCUAUCCAACCUUCCCUCUGUGUCGUAUUCCCCAAUUUGUUCCAACUCAUUUCUCAUACCCUCUCCCUUCUAUUCGCCCAUCUCUCUUCCCCCUCUUCCCCGCGCCAUCCCAACCACCGGUCGCUUCAGCUACAACUACCUCACAGGCUUGAUGCCCAAGCCCGGUGCCGCCCUCAAGGUUCUCGACACGCAGGUCAACUUCCUCUCGGGCACUUUCCCCGCAGCAACAAUCUCUGCCUGCAACGCUCGCCUCAACUGCUUCACUGAUGCUGCAGCCUGCCCCAAUCUGGACGGAACAGGGCAGAGGCCACUGACAGGGUGCAACAUGUGUGGGUCACCAACGAAGAAGCAGCAGACGCUGUGUGCCCAUCGUCUCUCCUCUCGCCAAGCUUUCCAACACUGCUGCUGCUCCCACGCUCCCCAUGACAUGCACUGCAGUGCCCCUUGA